AACUUUUUUGGUUUUCAUUUCCAUCAUUGUGUGAGGCACUGUGCAAGCAGACAGACUGGCUGAGCAUUGUAGGGAAACCAUAGUAGGACAAAAGCACAGAAACUCAGCACAAGUUGAUGCAAGCAAAGAACCAAGAAAAAAAAAAAUAGCUUUUGCAAACAACCUCGCUGCUGGAUUUCAUAAGGAGCAGGACGAACUUUCAGUGUUUCAUUUGGACUCCAGCUAGGAAGCUGCAGCAGCUGCUUAGGACUGAAGAACCUGAAUGAACGGCAGCUUUCAUAUUAUGCAUUCUGCUAAGCAACAGCAAGGAAAGUAAGAGACAGGGUUUUGAGUCACAAGCUGUCUCAGAUGAAGAUGAGCGCUGUGUUCCUCCUGCUCCUGGUGUCCAUCCCCAGCUCCACAGCAGUGCAGGACCUGCCGAGGCGGGAGCCACGGCGCCUGUCGUGUGUGCGAUGCUGCGGACCCUCAGAGCAGCCCGUCUCCAUCGUCUCCUCACGAUACACGAGGAUGAGCAGUGAUCCUGCUUCCUCGGUACCCAAAGUGCAGCCAACCAUAGACAUCACCAUCCUCAAAGGUGAGAAGGGGGAAAUGGGAGAAAAAGGGUACCCUGGAGCAGCUGGGAAGGAAGGAGAGAGAGGGCUACGUGGUUUCAAUGGACGAAAGGGCCAGAAAGGCCAGCCUGGCCCCCAAGGCCAUUCAUGCAAGCAGCUCUAUGCUGCCUUCUCAGUGGGUCGCAGAAAGCCCUUGCAUAGCUCAGACUACUUCCAGCACGUCAUUUUCGACACCGAGUUUGUGAACCUCUACAAGCAUUUCAACAUGUUCUCAGGGAAGUUCUUCUGCUACGUGCCAGGAAUCUACUACUUCAGCCUCAAUGUCCACACUUGGAACUUCAAGGAGACCUAUCUGCACCUGAUGAAGAACGAGGAGGAGAUGGUGAUCCUCUAUGCCCAGCCCAGUGACCGGAGCAUCAUGCAGAGCCAGAGCCUGAUGCUGGACCUGCAGGAGGGAGACGAGGUCUGGGUGAGGAUGUUUAAGCGGGAGAGAGAAAACGCCAUCUAUAGUGAGGAGUCUGAUGUUUACAUCAUCUUCAAUGGCCAUUUAAUCAAGCCAGCUGUAGAGUAGUUAUUCCUCAGCUUCAGGCUUCAAAAGCUUCAGAGCUUUUGGUAGGGGUUUCUCUGAUGCAUUAGUGUCUUCCCUUUUAGAAAUGCACAUCCAGCUCUGCUUGGAAGGACUGCAGGAGGCAGCCUCCUGGUGGCUUUGUGUCCAUGCCAGGAACACCUGUGAAUGGAGGUGAUGGGGCUUCAAGGUGCUCCAAGCUAUGACCAGUAAAGGCUUUAACCCUCAGCCUGCACUGGAAACAAAGCACAGAAUGUCCCAGUUCUGCAGCCCCAUACGGAUCCCCAAGAACAUCCCUGAAGAGUCUCCAAGUUGGUAGCAACAAAAUUAAUCUCUGCUUUUCCUUAGAAAAGACAGGAUUGUAUCGACUGGAAGGCAUUUGGACUGACUAGCCCAAAAAGAUGUUUUGAUGGGUCAUCAAAUACCUGUUGUCCAGGUGCUAAUUAAGGAACAUAUCUACCAUGCUUAACAGUGCACAGUAUUGCUAACAAAGCCCCCUUUCUGCCAGCACCCACACCAGGCCUGCUCCACUCAGGUGGGCAAGAACACACCAUGUUAGUAUUCUGCACAAUACAAUUACCUUGAGUUACAUUUCUGUUCCAUUUCAUACAGUAAUACAUUCUGAGAGCAAAAUGCUAGAAUUACAUAAAUAGCAGCAUAUUGACCCAGAAAACUUUCCCAAAAGCAUAGUUUUAAGUACAGCUGCAGCCAGAUGCCACAACUUUGCUAGACUGCUGUAUUGCUAGCAAAACUUCUUGCAUAACACCAGGGUACCAUGAGCAUUUCCAUUUCUAAGGAAAACAGUGGGCACUGCCUAGGAUCCUAUUUGUGAGUGCUCACUGCCAAGCUGGAGUCAUCAAGACAUGAGCAUGGCAUUAAUUACUGUCUUCCAGCACUCACACCUCUGGUAACUGGAAGAGAAAAGCAGGAGGAAGAAAGGUGCUUCACUGCCAGCAGUGAUAUUACAGGGAAUUUGGUCUCACGUCAAAAUAGAGAGGUGCAUGCAGCAGCAAGAAACCUCAUUUUCCUCUGGUUCCUCCAUGCCCACCCCCUCCUGUUUGCACCUUGAGUCGUUUGUAUUUAGGAUACAUGAAGACAAAUUGCUUCACUGCUGUGCCUCACCUACCCACACCUGUUCAGAAAAGUAGCUGAAAUAAACAGAUUGCUUUGAGUGCACUGGUUUUGUUUAUUUCCAUAUGCUUUUCACAGCACAGGGCUAAAAGCACCAACUGAACGUCCAGUUCUGCACUUUCACUUAAGCACCAAAGGAUUCCAGAAACUAGACUGAAACCAAUUCUCCUCGGCUGGUCAGAAGGUGCUCCCAGCUGAGUAUCAGGAUGCAGAAGUUAAAUGAAUACCAAUUUUUUCUGGG